GAUUUUCAGCCGCCAAACCAGCCAAGGCCUUGGCUGUUAAGCAGCCGCCGAAAUGCCGAACCUCGAUGUCAGCGAGCUCAACAUUGUCUUGAGCGUGUUGGGCGCCUUCAUCCUGCUCUAUGGCAUCAUUUCGGUCUUGAUCAAGAGCCGAUGGUUCUUGGGUGAAGCUCUUCCCGCUGUCGCCAUCGGAGUGCUCCUCGGGCCCAUCGCGGCAAAAUUCCUCGACAGCUCCCGAUGGGGUUCCGCCGCCGAGGGCCAGACGAGUGACAUCUCGCUCGGCGUCGCCAGAGUGGUCAUUGGCGUCCAGCUGGUCAUCGCCGGUUUCCAGCUGCCCGCCAAGUACCAGCAGACACGGUGGAAGGAGAUGGCCAUCUGCCUGCUGCCCAUCAUGACCAUCAUGUGGCUCUGCACGACCCUUUGCCUACUCGCCACUGUGCCCAACAUCACCCUCCUCGCUGCUCUGGUCAUCGGGUCGUGCGUGACAUGCACCGAUCCCAUCCUGUCGCAAGCCAUUGCCAAGGGUCCCUUUGCUGACAAGUUCGUCCCCCGUGACCUGCGCGAAAUUAUCUCGUCCGAGGCCGGUGCCAAUGACGGCUUUGGCUUCCCCUUCCUCAUGCUGGCGACCUAUCUGAUCCGGCACGCCGAUAUUCCGGGCGCGGGCACACAUACGGCUGAAGCUGCCAGUUCUCACCACGAACGUGCAUUCCCUCUGCUCGCUCGCGCAGGAGAUGUCGGACGUCUCGGCGGAGGCGUCGGGGUUGCGAUGAAGAACUGGUUCGUUGAAACGUGGCUAUACAUCGUCAUCAUGUCCGUGGCCAUCGGAGUUGUGGUGGGCUUUGCUGCUGGAAAGGCGUUGAAAUUCGCGCUUCGCAAGAAAUGGGUCGACUCGGAGAGCUACCUCCUCUACCCCACCGCCGUCGGCCUUUGGCUCGUGGGAAUGUGCGGCAUGCUCGGGACUGACGACCUACUCGCCUGCUUCGUCGCCGGCAACGCCAUGAACUGGGACGGCGACUACCUCCGUGAAACCGAGGCACGCCACGAUGAGGUCAACUCGUGCAUGGACGUCCUGCUCAACUUUGGCGGCUUCAUGUACAUUGGCACCAUCAUCCCGUGGAGCGAGUUCAACCAGCCGGACGUGACCGGCCUGACAUAUGGCCGUCUCAUCGGUCUGGGCGUGCUCGUCCUGCUGUUCCGGCGCAUCCCUGCCAUUUUGGCGACGUACAAGUUCAUGCCCAAGGUCUGCAAAAACAUCAAAGAGGCCGUUUUCAUGGGUUAUUUCGGGCCGAUCGGCAUUGGAGCCGUCUUUUACGUGGAGCACACGCGCCAUCUGUUCCCCGAGCUCGGGGAGGGCGAUGCCGAGGAGACGAACCUCGUCCGCAUCAUGAUUCCGGUCGUGUACUGGCUCGUGCUCUUCUCCAUUGUGGUCCAUGGCCUCUCGAUCCCGGCGCUCCAUGCAAUCUACCGCUUCUACGGCGUCAAGCCUAUCCAGGAGGAUGCAGUCGAGCUCCGCCGCACGUCAAUGUUCGUGCCUACGCCGGUCAACGCCACUGUCGGAGACGACAGGACUACCUUUAUCGCCUAUAACCGCUUCUCCAGGCCCGUUUUUAGAGCGCCGAACUUGCCCGUGGCGAGGGACCGGAACAGUCUGGAGUUUGUUGUUGCGGACGAGAAAAGGGGCGCCGGACGAGUGUGAUCCGAUCGCGUGGGAGAUUGAGAUUGCCGUCAGGUAGACAGGAGCUGCUUCUCCGACCACCGGGACUCUUCCCCUGCGUUCUUCGCUGUCAUUUGGGCAAGGGUUGGACGCGUGAGAAUGUAAACGUAGAUGAACACUUACCCAGUCACUCAUUUGAUUUCGUGUAGCCCUGUGGGGGAUGUACAAGAAGCAUCUGCUACAUGAGCGGUCAGAGGUGGAGAGACUACACAUUAGGCAGGGGGCAGAAUAGUUCAGAAAUUAUAGCUCUUGUAGUACACGAUAUAGAGAGGGACUGGGAAGAGAUC